UAUAUCGACCCUGGAAGACAUGAGUUUUGAUGCACUGCUUUCUUUUGUGUGCACAGGCCAUGGCGAUGGCAAGAACACACCUCCUGUUAAAGUGUCGAUUUCUCCAAUUCCUGCCUCUGUUGCUGAUCUGAAACUAGCUAUUCAAGAGAAAUUUCAGAUACCCAAGUGCCUACAAUUCAUUUCGAUGAACUCGGGACAAACACCACUGGCUGAUUUGCAAUUAAUCAAAGACCUCUACAUUCGAUCUGAAGAUAGCUUCACUGUGACGUAUCUCGAUCGAGCCAAUGUCAAGACGAUCGGAUACUUUGCAACAGAAUGUCUUAAACCUCUAGUAGCGAAACUUAAUACCAUAUCUCUCGAGAACAAACAUGAUGUCGGCUCUUUCGUUGAAGCAAACACCAGAAAACUAAGUAACCUAUGCCAUAUGUACAAUACUGUCACAUAUGAUAAUUUUCUGAUGCCAUGGAGUGGACUAACAACAGUGGAAGCCAACCGUCAAUUCUUAGUUCAAGAGAAGGCUAUCGAUAAUACAAUCAAACUUCUUUCAACUCUACUCGAUGUUCCCAUGGAAAGCAAGCAUGAAAUGUUUGAUGACUUGGUGGAGAGUUGCCUAGGUUUGCUAUGGAAUUUUGCGGAAACUCGACAAUCGAGGUUGCAUGUUGUGAAGCGUGGUGGAUAUCAGUUGAUGCUCCGAACACUUGAAUUGUGCUCCCGUAGUGAAACAGAUGGGAAGCGACCUUAUGACAUGUACGGGCUGUUUGACAGAUCUGUUGGAUGUGUCUCCAACUAUAGUGAGAUCUCUCAAUGUCAGAUCCCACUGGCCAGCAACAAACGUGUUAUGAAUAGCCUCCUAGACUUCUGCCUGGAGGGUCCCUCUCUGAAUGUAAUCACUAAACUGCUCAUAGCCAACUGUCUCUUUCGACUAUCGCACAACAUUAACACGCACAAGUACUUGCUAGAAGCUGACAUACUGAGGAAAGUGCUGCUGUUCUUCUCAAAAUUUAAGGACAAUUUGACGUACAGAACAAGUAUGGUUGUUUGCUACGCUCUGGCGGUGACAUUGUCUCGUCUGCUCUCAUUUUCACCCUCUCAAGUCCCCCAUCACUUAAUGGUCGAGUCUCUUUCCUCACUUAAAUUAUUCCUCGCUUCCGUAAAAAGAGAAAAUAUGACGCCAGCUUUGGAAGAAUACCAGUGCAAUUGGAUCACUGUUGCUCCAUUUGUGGACGUCUUUUUUUCGCCAAUUCAUAAUCGUACUAACGAACAGGAGUCUACCCCUUCCCAAGAAGUUGAUCUACGUGCACUGUGUAUGCAGACUAGCUUGAUGGCACUGAGUGUGGAGAUGAAUCGACCUUGCCACAGGAGACUGGCUCUAAACCAAGGCCUACUAGAUACUCUGAUUUGCUUAUCAUGGGCGGUGGAAGUCAAGUGGCGUCAUCAAGUGUGUGCGAUUGUUGAACUAUUUAGAAAGGACAAUGAAUCACUUCAUCUACCUGUGCCAAAGUUGCAUACACUAGCUGCAGUUUGUCUGGCUAGAGAUAAUUUGUUUUCAAUCAGAGACACUUUCAACUUUUCAUAAGGCUAUAAAUAAGCUCAUGCAACACAGUUGCACAAAUCAUUAAUAAUUAUUAUUGUUUCUGUAACUAUAAGUUAAUAUGUACAUUGAUGAAUUUAUAAAGUGACCAGGUUGUUAUUAGAGUCCUUAAAUUUUG